AAUAACACAAAAAUUCUCAUUAAUGAAUAUUCGAAACAAUUUAAAAACCUAUUAAAUAUUCCGAUUCUCAAUAGAAGCACAGGCACAAAGCGUGACUUGACAUAGUUUUUAAAAAGUUAAAAGUAUUAACUAAAUUUUUAGUGUAAAGCUCAAAGUGCACAGAGACAGAAGCGACGAGAGCCGCAAUAGCAGCAGCAGCAGAGACCUUAUAGAUAUUUUGAAUAUAUGCACACACGGCCUACGCCUAUCUAUCGCUAAUAAAUAAAUACAUUUAUUUAUCAAAAGUAAAUGAAAGCAAAAACAAAACUCAAUAACAAUUGACAAAAACAACAGCCAGCAAGCUCACACACACACACAAAUAACGGAGCAUGCAGUCGCAGUAAGACAGAGAGAGCGAGAGAGGGAGUGAGAGUAAAAGCAAAUAUUAGAAGAGACUGAGUGCAAAAGCUUGGGAGAGAGUCAGAGAACACAGUGGCAAAUGCUGCCUGCCGUUCUGAGGGGGUGAGCCAGAGCCAGAGAGCGACAGAACGAUACGAUAGCGUAGCGUGAGAGAGCGAGAGCAACAGCAGCAGACAAGAUAAAAACACAGUCAACGUUGGCAACGGAAUUCUCGACAUCGCCGCCAUCGACAUCGGCAUCGCAGUCGAAAACGAAAGCGGGAACGGGAACAGACGAGGCGCGGGCGCACACACUUCUUCCUCCUCGCGUGUUGCUUCGCCCAACCAUUCUCUCUCCUUGCACUUGCACUCUUUCCUUUAACUUCGCCGCGUGAGCGUGUGCACUAACGGAAUAAACGCAUCAUCACAAGUACCGCUGCAUUAUGGUGGAUACCAAUGGCGGAAGUAAUACCGCUGUGUCGGGCAACUCUGCGGCACGCCUGCGCAAAUUCGAUCGGACGGACAGUGAACUGGCCUGCGAGGAGGCGGCCCACUUGACCGCAGAACAAAACGACACUCCAGAGGACGACAACGACGAGGGGAACGAGGAUGAGGAUGAUGAGAGCGAGUAUGGGGAAUUGCCGCCACCGCCGGACGGUGGCUAUGGCUGGGUCAUCUGCUUUGCCAGCUUCAUGUGCAACAUGAUUGUCGACGGCAUUGCCUACACUUUCGGCAUCUUUCUGGAGGAGUUUGUGGCCUACUUCCACGAGGGCAAAGGCACCGUCGCCUGGGUGGGCAGUCUUCUGUCCGGAGUGUACCUCAGCGCUGGACCCAUUGUCUCGGCGCUGGCCAACAAAUACGGCUGUCGAGCGGUUUGCAUCGCUGGGAGCAUCAUUGCCUGCAUCGCCUUUGUUUUGAGCACUUUCAGCAAUUCGGUGAGCAUGCUGAUGGCCACCUACGGAUUCCUGGGAGGAUUUGGCUUUGGCAUGAUCUACCUGCCAGCAGUGGUGGCCGUUGGCUACUACUUUGAAACGAAACGUUCGCUGGCCACGGGCAUUGCAGUGUGUGGCUCGGGCUUUGGCACCUUUGCCUUUGCCCCACUCGCCACGUACUUGCUGGAAGAGUAUGGCUGGAAGAAUGCCAUUCUCAUCUUUGCCGGCCUCAUUCUCAAUUGUGCCAUCUUUGGCGCCAUGAUGCGACCCCUCACGUACCCCAAAAAGAAGAAGGUGAAGCCCCUGAUGCAGCGCAUGUACGAGGAGAAACAGCUGCAGCUGGAGCGUGGCUCAUUUGCGGGUUCCCAUUUCAUGGUCCAGCUGCCGGAUGGCACCAUGGAGCGGAAACUGAAGAUGCCCCUCAACGCGGACCCUGGCGUUCAUUCGAGUCUCAAUCUGGAGCUGCUGGCCCAACAGGCGGGAGGCCUGCAUCCCGUGUCCACACUCCCAACCAUCACCGAGUCCAAGGUGGUGGAUGUGCAUCGCAAUGGAGGUGGAACUCAGUCCCCGCCCAAUGCCGACAGCAAUGGCCAGCUCUCUGCCGGAGGACGGGUCGGACGUCGUCCGCAUCGCAGCUCGGAAUCUGAUCACAGUCCGUACCACUCGCAUGAUGGCGGAUCCAUGACCAGAAACGCCUCACAGCCCGCCUUCCUGGCCAGCGACCAUCACGGUCUGCCCAAAAAUGGUUCCGUGCCUUCGUUCAAUCGCGUGCGCAAGACCUCGGCUUCGGAACGCUUUCAACCAUCGCUGGCAGCCAUCAGAGCCACGUCCCGCAACGAUCUGGAGGCAGGCGGAGGCGGAGAUUUUGCCACCUCAAAGAUUUCGCUGUCCCAGCGGCAGGGCAGCAGUGGCAGCGGCAAAAUGGUGCGACCCAUGUCCCGCAAGGACAUCUUCUACUCGGGCUCCGUCACAAAUCUGCCGCAGUAUCAGUCCCAGAAGUCCCUGGCUGGUUAUCGAAACUCUGUGCUAUCCCUCACGAAGUACGAGAAGAGCAUGCAGAGUGUCCAGAAGUUGGAUCCCCUGCAAGACGCCGAUAAGCAUCGCGAGGAGUACGACCUUUGCCCAUGCCUAGGCAUACCCGAUUCGGUUAAGUCUGUGGUCAACACUAUGCUGGAUGUGAGUCUGCUCAAGGAUCCCGUCUUCAUGCUGAUUGGAGUGUCGAAUAUCUUUGGCAUGGCCGGACUGUACGUGCCCUUUGUGUAUCUGGUGGAUGCGGCCAAGGAGCACAACAUACCCAAGGGAGAUGCCGCCAUGCUGCUGUCCAUCAUUGGCAUCACCAACACAGUGGGUCGCGUGUUCUGCGGCUGGGUGGCGGAUCUGCCACAGGUCAACUCUCUGCUACUGAACAAUUGCUGCCUGCUGGUGUCGACCAUCGCUGUGACCCUCACCCCGCUGUGCUACAGCUACUCGGCGUACAUCACGAUGUCGAUAUUCUUUGGCUUGGCUAUCUCUGGCUACAUCUCGCUAACGUCAAUUAUCCUGGUCGAUCUGCUCGGCCUGGACAAGCUCACCAAUGCCUUUGGCCUGCUCAUUCUGUUCAGAGGAUUCGCCGCCCUGAUUGGUACACCUCUGGCUGGGGCCAUCUACGAUAUAACGCACACAUACGAUCUGCCCUUCUACAUGGCAGGCGCUCUGUUUGGCAUCUCGACGAUCACCAGCUUCUUGGCCCCCUGCCUGAAGCGCUGCAGCCCCUCGGAUGAGACGCCCGUCCAUGUGGAAACUCUCACGCCCAUCGAUGAGGAGCAGGAUGAGGAGGCGGAGGAUGACGAGGAUCAACCUAUCACCAUAGUGCCCAAGAUCAUCAAAACGCUGGCCAGUCCACAGCAGGAGGAGCCGCCACAGCCGAUGUUCCCGCACCAACAGAAGAAGGCCGCAGAAGCAACGACAUCGGAAUCCAAGCUCUAAGUAUUCGAAAGGGGAGCUCAAGGGGAGAUGUGGCGCACAGCAAAGAGAUGAAUUUACAUAGGAAAGAGAGGGGGGAAACACCAGGGAACGAUUGAAAGAUCCAGCCAGAUAUUUUUCUAUAACUUAUAUACAGAAAGCGGGUCGAGAGUAUUGUAGAGGGAGAGAAAGAGUGGGGAAAAAACACCGAUCACACACACACACAAAAGUAAAACCUAUAUACAAGGAUCAUAAAUAUAUAUAUAAAAGAUAUAUACUAUAUAAAGCCCCAGCAGCAGCAGCAGCGGAAACUAUUACUAACAGCAGCAGCAGCAUAGAGGAGGAUUGCUUUAUGCUGGAAUUUCUACAAGAAACUUGGCUUUAGCUUUCUGAUAAGAUUCCGGGGCGGAGGGGAAGAAACCUUCAGCUUUUAUGGCUACUAAUAAAAUGUAAUGUUAAACGCUCAUAAAUCACCAACAAAAGAAGCAAAGAACGAAAAAAGCAAC